CUUGUUGAUCUCCGGGCGAAACGCUGGUGCGAUAUGCGGAGCGGGAAGCCGGCGGGUGGGCAGUAGAUCGUGCUGAGGAUCUCUCUGCCAUGUCGGAGGCAGAGGAGGAAAAAAUGGAUUGGGUUAGACCCUGGCAAUAGUAAACCAAUAACGACGUCUCCUUUCUUUUUUUUUUAAAUGCUACUGCUUCAUCCCCGUUUGUGCCAGCGGAUUGAUUGUUCACAGCGAUUCAAUAAUGAAAGAGCACAGGAUCACCUGUAAUCCAUAACCCUCAAUGUUUGCCGCAGUGGAUGUUUGCCUGAUUCCUCAACCUAAAGUCAUCAUGGAGAAAUCCUUGGCAGAGUUAAAUAAAGCCGGCUCCCAUUCAACAUCAUCGCUGCCACCUGAACCGGUGGACAUCAUUCGCAGCAAAUCAUGUUUCCGCAGAGUCAGGCUGAAUGUCGGGGGUCUCCCACAUGAGGUCUUGUGGCGAACGUUGGAUAGGCUACCACGAACACGUUUGGGAAAGUUACGAGAUUGCAACACCCAUGAAUCACUGAUGGAAGUGUGCGACGACUACAACCUCGAGGAGAAUGAGUACUUUUUUGACCGACAUCCGGGGGCAUUCACAUCAAUUCUGAACUUCUACCGCACAGGCAAGCUGCAUAUGAUGGAAGAAAUGUGCGCCCUGUCGUUCAGUCAAGAACUCGACUACUGGGGCAUUGACGAGAUCUACCUGGAGUCGUGUUGCCAGGCAAGGUACCACCAGAAAAAGGAGCAAAUGAAUGAGGAGCUCAAACGAGAGGCCGACAAUAUGAAAGACAGAGAGGGAGAAGAAUUCGACAACACUUGCUGUGCUGAAAAACGAAAGAAACUUUGGGACCUCCUCGAAAAGCCAAGCUCAUCUGUUGCAGCAAAGAUCCUGGCCAUCAUAUCCAUCCUCUUCAUCGUGCUAUCCACCAUUGCCUUGUCUCUGAACACCCUUCCAGAGCUGCAGGACACUGAUGAGUUUGGCCAGUCAUCAGACAACCCACAACUGGCCCAUGUGGAAGCUGUAUGUAUCGCCUGGUUUACCAUGGAGUACCUGCUUCGCUUCCUCUCCUCCCCCAACAAGUGGAAGUUCUUUAAGGGUCCUCUAAACGUUAUUGACCUGCUGGCCAUCUUGCCCUACUACGUUACUAUCUUCCUGACAGAAUCUAACAAGAGUGUGCUGCAAUUCCAGAAUGUCCGCCGCGUGGUUCAGAUUUUUCGGAUCAUGCGUAUCCUGCGUAUUCUGAAGCUGGCUCGUCACUCCACUGGUCUUCAGUCCCUGGGUUUUACUCUUAGGAGAAGUUAUAAUGAGCUGGGCUUGCUCAUACUAUUCCUGGCCAUGGGCAUCAUGAUCUUCUCCAGUCUGGUGUUCUUUGCUGAGAAAGAUGAGGAGGAUACAAAAUUUAAAAGCAUUCCAGCCUCUUUCUGGUGGGCUACUAUUACUAUGACUACAGUAGGCUAUGGAGAUAUCUACCCAAAAACUCUGUUGGGAAAGAUAGUGGGGGGUUUAUGCUGCAUAGCUGGAGUACUGGUGAUUGCUCUACCUAUUCCCAUUAUUGUAAAUAACUUCUCAGAAUUCUACAAGGAGCAGAAGAGGCAGGAAAAAGCACUCAAACGGAGAGAGGCCCUAGAGAGGGCAAAGAGAAACGGCAGCAUUGUCUCAAUGAACUUGAAAGAGGCGUUUGCUCGUAGCGCAGAACUGAUGGAUGUGGUAGUAGAGAAGAGUGAGAGGCCACAUGACAACCAUCUCUCUCCAAGCCGUUGGAAAUGGACCCCAAAGAGAGCUGCAUCAGAAACAAGCUCAAAUCGUUCUUUCAAUGCCCAGGAGUUAAGCUCUCCUAACAAGGCCCGAGCCACCAGUCCCCAGAGGCUAAAUGUUCAGAAGCUCGAGGAGAUGUACAACCAGAUGGCCAAGACACAAUCCCAGCCAAACCUCAAUGCAAAAGACAGGGGCUCUAGAGCUGGCAAACAGAGAGAUGAGAUAGAGCUGGGGGCCAUCCAAGACCAUGGCCCAACAGUGCUAGGAACCAGAGAAGGAGUAGGGGACAUGAAAAGCUUGUCCAGCAUUGACAGCUACAUCAGUUGUGCUACAGACUUCCAGGAGAAUCCACGCUUCUCCCAUAGUCCAGCAUUGGACAUUGGUCUUCAGGAAAGCAACCGGUUCUCCCACAGUCCGGCUACAGCUUUGACCCAGCACAGCAGUGCAAAAACAGGCCAGCAAACCGGUGGGGAGCGUGAGCCCAUGCUGACUCCUGUGUCUAUCACAAAGCCCUCAUGUUCAGAGAAUGCACGGAGAUUCUUCUUUUCUGGCAACUCCUCAAAAAGCCUUAUCACCAAAGGAGGCUGUCGCAGCGAGGGAGAGUCAGGCCCGUCUCCACUCUCAGACAGCUCAGUCUUGUCAGACCGCUCUCUGUUGAGCCCUGAAGUUUCUGUCUACACCACUGCCAGCAGCAGAACCCCACCAAAGUCCCCAGACAGCACCACCCUGGCCCCGACUGUCUUCACCUUCCAUGACUCCUCCAUCAGCAAAUACAUCGAUGCCGAUACAGAUGAUGAUGAGCACCUCCGUGACAUCUCUGACACCAGUCCCUCAGAGCGUCUUUUGGCUGGUUCAAGCCCAAAACGCAGCAUUAACAUCAAUUACCAGAAAGGCACCAACCAUUUAGAAGCAGCCCAAAAAAUGCUGGGACAGAACUGUCUGUUCCCUAUUGAAAGCAUUCGUGGGGUAGCUCACGAGAAUCACGUAGGACCUGAGAUGGCACGUAGGCCAAAGGUUGAGAGGGGGCGUCAAACUACUUUAGAUAAAAACCUCUGAGGCACAAGUGCAGCAGAGAUAAACAGGAAGUUGGAGCUAGAGUGUUUGUAAUGGAGACAUUGGACAGACUAAAAAACACUCUGUAAGCCAGAGAUGGAGGAAGACGGAGAGACAAAGGGUCUCUUUGAAAAUUUCACAAAUUACCUGAGCAUGCCAUCGGGCACUAAGCUCAGGGUCAAUAUGUGUGGUGAAUACUCUGGGAGAAAAACACUUCUAAAUUGGAGAAUGUCACUGCCCCUCCUUCAACUCAUUCCUAUUAGAGGUAUAACACAAAACAAAACAGCACUCCCAGGUAGCCAAUGGGUCUGUUCAGAGAUCCCUGCAGAGGCAGAGUCGUCAUAGAAAUUGAGAUGUGGUUUUAAGUGGUGUAACAAAACCAAAUGAUGGUUUUAGCGUUAGGGGGAUAUCUCUCUGAAAAAAAAAAAAUCCCAACUGCCCACUAUCCCAUUACUAAAUUCCAGUUCAUUUUGUAGUCUUGAAGAUACAGGAGAGGACCUAGAAGCCUAUAAGCUACUUACUCGUGCCCUCCAUUCCCAAAACUGGCCUUAGUCAUUUACAUUUGUAGGGGUGUGCAUGUCUGCAUAAACUGUAAGCAUGUGUGUGAGUGAGUGCGAAUGAAUGUUGAUGGGUGGUAUGAUGGUAAUUCAUGUA